CCUGUAUAUUGGGGAGACUAAACAACCACUACACAAACGCAUGGCUCAACACAGAAGGGCCAACUCCUCAGGUCAAGACUCUGCAGUCUACUUGCAUCUGAAGGACAGAGGAGACUCAUUUGAGGACCACCUGGUGCACAUUUUAGACAGAGAAGAUGGAUGGUUUGAAAGAGGUGUCAAGGAAGCCAUCUACACCAGGGUUGAGAAGCCGUCAUUGAACAGGGGAGGGGGUCUACGCCACCACUUAUCCCCCACUUACAAUGCUGUCCUUUCAUCACUUCCCAGGAAACUCAACAAACGUAACCUAUUGGCCUCAGGUGAAGAUACCAACGAGGGUCGUUCAGUUCAUCUCUAAGGGAAAAGCAAAUAUGAAACAGGUACUACUGUCAUGCACAUUCAUCUGAAAAGGCAUACGUUAAUGCUAGGGGAGGAACGUUCCAAAUCUUCUCGACAGCAGUCAAUUAGUGAAUUCACCAAACGCCCUGCAGUAACAGAGAAAAGACGGCUGCAACUCAGCAAUUUUCUGGUGAAUUUCAGAGUCAAAGAUAAUAGACCUUUAGCUGCAGUACAUGGAGAAGGCUUCAGAGAAAUACUGCAUUUUUUUGAACCAGGCUAUGUUGUCCCAUCUUACAACACACUGUGGAAUGCUAUUAAACACCAAUACGACAGCCUGCGUGAAAAUAUGUUGAAGGAAAUGAAAGGCAAGCGUGUGCACUAACAACUGACCUGUAGACAUCCUCCACCAUGGAGCCGAACAUUUCGGUAAAUGCUCACUACAUUACAGACACAUGGGAGCUGAAGGCCCGUGUGUUGUGUACAGCUAUGAUGCCAGAGAGACAUACUGGUGCCAACAUUGCCAAUCGUCUGUCUGAGAUAAUCAAGGAAUGGGGCAUACUGGUGUUUUUGCACAGUCCAUGAUAAUGCCAGCAACAUGAACUUAGCCAUGGAGCUAUGUGAAAUGUUUCCAAAAGAUCUGGGAUGCACCGGGCACACUCUCCAACUGGCAAUAAAGGCUGGAUUAGUCUUACCUGAUGUGAUGAAGGCUAUCGACGCAGCAAGGAGAGUUGUCAGCCACUUUCGCCACUCAGCAGUGGCCACUUGCGCCCUCAGAAAACGGCAGGAACAGCUUGGCAUAAGCGCCAACAAACUUCAGACUGACUGACUGGUCUGGUGGAAUGCCACGGUCGUCAUGCUCCAGCGGCUUUUCGAGCAAAGUAUCGCGGUGCAGUCUGUGCUCGCGGAUGAAACAGUCACUAAACCGAGCGUCCAGAAGUCACUUGCCAUGAGAGCAACACAGUGAGAGCUGGUGGAACAGCUAAUUCCAGUGCUGCAACCUUUGGCCAAGGCUACUGAAAUAAUGUGUGGUGAGAUGCACGUGGGGUUGUCUUUCCUCUAUCCAGUGAUUUUCAACAUGACCAGUACCACUCUGCGUGUUGAAGCAUCUUAUCUGGCAGCUGUACGAGCCUUCAAAAUAUACGGUUCGGCAGCAGUUUGAAAUGCGGUUGAAGUUGCAGGCUGAUGAUCUGACAGAAUCCAUCCUCAUUGUGGCCUGCAUGUUAGAUCCCAAGUUCAAAGAUCUUCAGUUCAUCCCAGAGAGUAAAAGAGAGGCUGCCCAGAGCCACCAAAAAAAGCCUGCAACAGGAUGAGGAAGAGAAGCUCGUAGCAACAGGUGAGGAUGUCCAAAACGAGGACACCAAUGAUAAAGAAGACAGUCACCCAGCCACCCCUUCUUGGCUGCACAGGAGAUGCCGGGGGCUACCGCAGGCUAACUCAGGUCGGUCCGCACCAACUACAUCAACACCUCCCUGGAAAAGUUGCAGAUGUGACAAAGUGUAAAUCUGAUAACUGUUGGAGAAGAAGAACAACAUAGCAGAAAGCCGGAGAAGUACACAGCGUAACGGAAGCAGUUUCAGAGGAUGAAUAGAGAGUAAAACUGUGUGAAAGAAGCAGAGGAGGACUGGAGAGACACACAUUGAAGGAAAGAGAGAAGCACACAAUAUAGAGAAGGAGUGAAGGAUAGUCACAUAAAGGAGAGAGAGGAAAGAAGAAGAACCUGGAAAAGCAUGAGAGAGGAGGAGCAGUCUAAAGAUGACCACCCUGAGGGAAGGGUGGUUUCCAGUGAGGAAGACACAGGAAGACAACCUUUGAACGCCUGUCCCGUCGUUGUGGCAAAACCAGGGGUAACCCGGCAUAAACGGCUGAUGGGCACACGUCAGGUUACCACAGUUACUCCCCCCACCCCAGCAGACAAUGGCAAAGUCCAGACAGGGGACGCCACCCAGAUUUACACGCUGACCGGACCUAAAAGACUCAAGAGGAGCCCUCAACAUCGACCACCUUCCUCAGACUGGUCCAUUUCUCCUGACCCUGGUCCUGGUCCCGGUAGUCUCUCAGCCCUUGAGGACCCACACGGCCAGCGGGUGAUAGCCAACAUCCGUGAACGGCAGCGGACGCAAUCUUUAAACGAAGCCUUCGCCUCAUUGCGUAAAAUAAUCCCAACUCUCCCCUCCGACAAACUAAGCAAGAUUCAGACCCUUAAGCUGGCGUCGCGAUACAUUGACUUUCUGUACCAGGUUUUGCAGAGUGAUGAGUUGGACACUAAGAUGGCUGGAUGUAACUACCUGGCCCACGAGAGACUGAGCUAUGCCUUCUCUGUCUGGAGGAUGGAGGGUGCCUGGUCGACCAUGUCUGCUGGUCAUUAGCUCUACCUUAAUGCAAGAUUUGUCCUUUGACUGUUGCCCUAAAAAGUGGGAUGAAUUCCUCAUUACAGGGAAAUAUUCUUACUUAACACAGAGUGUUGAGGAGGCGUCUGAACUGUGUCUGCUUACCAGUGGACUAUUUAUCACCUCAACUUAGAUUAUCUGUCUGUCUCAGUGAUUUAUGUGAGUAUUUGGAUGGAGCUGGUUUUUAAGCCACUACCCCUUCAUGAAAAUUGCAGUUUUCAUUGUUCAUUUCAGAUGUGACUAUGGAUUUUAGUGAUUCUAUUGUUUCUCUUGCCAAAAGCAGCUAUUGCGUGCAGGGACAUUGUUGAUUGUUGAUUGAUUCCUAGACAUUUGUACUGUUUACAUAGAUGACAAUGGAUGACAGGACAAUCUGAGACACAAAGACACCCAGACAUCAUUCAACAUUAACCAACCUGAUGGUUAGCGAUGCCCUGUCCUAAAUGUUGCCUCUACCUGACAGCACAGCUCACCCUGCUGGAACCCUCUGACAUCUCGGCUUUCUAGGGCUUUUGGAGCUUGACCUCUGGUUUCAUCCUCAUCAUCACCCUUGAUUUUAUCACCAUAAAUCACCAUAACUGACAUCAGUAUGAUCAUCAUCAUCAUUAAUAUCUUCAUCAUUAUAGGUAUGCAUAUUUUGAGCCACAUUUUAACUUCAUUAAAUGUUUUUAUUUAACUUUUUUUCUGCCUUGGCUAGCAAGUGUUUAAAGUUUUUUAAUAUAUACAAAGAGCAACAACUACAGCAUACAGGAAAGGAAUUAGAAAAAAGUGGACAACUGGAAAGACAAAAUUUGAUGUUUGAGAUACAUUUUGAGAUGAGACAUUGGACCUUUGACUUUUCUGUACACUUUCAACUCCUACUUUUCCAAGAGUCUGACAUAUUACUCUGAACCAAAGUCAUGGUGGAAAAACUAGCUGCAGGCAGCUGUCGUCCUAACUGAAUUUUCUCCUCUUUAUUUUCAAACCAAGCCCUUUUGUUUCUUCUAGUGCCAAAAAAACUCUCCUAGAAUUUCUUUCCUCUCAUUCUGGCCAAAAUUUGCUUGAGUUGCACAAAACCAUGAUGCGGCUACAGCGAGGCAUAAUGAAAACAAACGGUCUCUAAAAGACAUGAAUCAUGUGUGUCACCAUCAAAGGGGAGGCUGAUGUGGCUCCCCACUGGGCUCCCAUAAACCAAUGGAAGUGAUGGAGGAGGUGAGAGCUGAUUAAUGCACACACAAAUGUGCACACAGGCAUAGGUGUAGCCAUGUAGCCAGAACUGCCCAAAGUCUUGGGUUCGCAAAAAAGAGUGCCAUUUUAUUUAAAUGUCAUAAUCACAUCCAUGAUUACCAUAUUAUAUACAUGCAUUAAACAAAAAACUAAAAGUCAGUUUUUGUAUUGUUAUACCACUGUUUGUUGUCUUACCUGCCAAGCAAAUGAACCUGCAAGGUUAAGCUUAUAUUUAAUACAAACAACCGUAUUCAAAAUAUAUGGGGUUGACAUGCUGUUUGUAUUCAAUACAUAUCCAUGAACCACUUCUUACUUGCCAACAUGCAUGAAGCCCUGCAACCUAUCAUUAGAAUGUCCUAGGGAGGUAGCUAAUGUUUCCAGCUCCUAUGAAGAAAGCACAGUGUGGUCUCAGAAGGCUAACCUUCACAGACAUGUCAGUAGACACUUGACAUUAAAAAAUAAUUGAGUUAUGGGCCAAAAGAGAAAAGCAGCCCCUAUGCAUUUUGUAUUGAGUGGCUGAUUUAAAAAUCUGGGAGAGUAAUUUUGAAUGCAUAUUAAUUUCAUAAAGCAUUUGUCGACUUACUGAGACACUAUGACAGCUACUUAUUGGUAUCAGAAAAUUUACAUUGAAGCAAAUUUGGCAGUACCCUGUUGAUGUCCUAGUUAUUUUGUAAUUAUUUUAUUCAUAUGUCUAAAAUCCAAUAAUGAAUAUGUCAAUAUGUGUCCAAUAUGACCUCUACAAACUUUUAAAUGAAUCUAAGUGGUUACCAAAAUAUCAUAUCUGCCUUUUUGUCUUUCCAGCUGCUGAAUGAAGGGGCUGUGACCUUCACUGUACAUCUCUGGUCCAUGCUACCAUUUCUGCCAUUCUAAUCAUUUGGCCUUUAAUGCAGAUCUCACAUUUUGGAUAAAAGGAAUAUUUAAGAUUAUUAAAAGGCAUCUUGAUCAGUAGGCAGACUGACUAGUGGAAAGAGAACACAUCUCUGUACCAACUAAACCAACAAAGAGCUUUAUUGAAAAUAAAUGGACAACACAGGUCAAGCAAUAUUUGUGUUCAGUUUUUUCUUAAAGUACUAUAUUCCAAGAUAUUAUCCUAAGGAAACAGUUAAAGAAAUUUCAAGCUAGACUUAAGUCUCAGAAUGUGAUUAGUGUCUGUCUCUUGCACACCAGUUUACAGACAGGGUGUGAGAUUUUUUAAGGAGCAUGUACUUGAAGUAUGUACAGUGUGGUGCUAUACAAAUGAAUGUCACAGUAUGAUAAAUAUCACAAGCAGAAAAAGCAGAGAAUUGCCCUGGAGAAUUAGUUGUAGUGAUACAUACAGCACAUGUAUCAUUAUUUUUCUGAAAAAUAAAACUUUCCUCAAACAA